AUGAAAAGAAAACAGGAAGGACAUUGUGCUGUGGGAAUAGACCUUGGCACAACUUAUUCAUGUGUUGCAGUAUGGCAAGAAGAACACUGUCGAGUUGAGAUCAUUCACAAUGAUCAAGGCAAUCGAACUACGCUUUCUUUUGUUGCUUUCACUGAUAAUCAGAGAUUGAUCGGUGAUGCUGCUAAAAAUCAAGCUUCCGCCAACCCUCAAAACACCGUCUUUUAG